AGUAAGCGACUGUUUGGCUUGUGCUACGGUUGGUUCUCUGAAACUCUCCACCACACACGAUCGCAACACACAUGAGAAACAAAAGCAAAGAGACUGUGACAGUGGCGCACGUGAUGGACAUUUUCGAGUGAGAAAAACGACGGAAAAUGCCGCUGCUGCAAGAAACCACUCCCAAAAGAGACAUGCUGGACUCUCAGGAGAAGACCCCGUUAUCGUCGGUCUCGUACCCAUCGAUGUUCACCCCAUCUCAACUCCUGAUGGCCAGCCACCUCAUGGCCGCCUCCCGCCUAAGCCUCCCCACCAACCCCGCUUUCUUCCACCCCGGCCUCCUCCCGCUCGCCUGGCAAGCCAAUUCCCCCCCAUCUCCCCCGGCCCCCAGCGAGCUCCCGGCCCUAAAAUCGCGCAAACUGAACAACAACAACGUCGUCAGCAGCACCAACCAGGAGAUCCGCGGCCCGAAACGAAAAACGUGGAAGGUGGAGGAGGACAGUCCUUCGCCCACGUCGAGCGUCUCCCCCGAGGUGAAGGACUCCAGCCGGGACCGGCCCUUCACCUGCGAGGUGUGCAACCGCUCGUUCGGCUACAAGCACGUCCUGCAGAACCACGAGCGCACCCACACGGGGGAGAAGCCCUUCGAGUGCCAGGAGUGCCACAAGCGGUUCACGCGCGACCACCACCUCAAGACCCACAUGCGGCUGCACACGGGCGAGCGGCCCUACCGCUGCGAGCACUGCGACCGGCAGUUCGUCCAGGUGGCCAACCUGCGGCGGCACCUGCGGGUGCACACCGGGGAGCGGCCCUACGGCUGCGAGCACUGCUCGAUGAAGUUCUCCGACUCGAACCAGCUCAAGGCGCACGUGCUCAUCCACACGAACGAGAAGCCCUUCGAGUGCGACAAGUGCCGCGGCAGGUUCCGCCGGCGGCACCACCUGGUGCACCACAAGUGCGGCGGCGAGGAGGAGGCCGAGCGGGCGCGGCACCCGCCGUCCGUGCCGCUGGUGACGCUGCCGCUGCGCGUGGCGCUGCCCGAGCAGACGGAGCCGGAGGACCUCUCCAUGACCACCGGCCUGCACUCGCACAGCAGCGGCGAGUCGCCGCUGUCCAGGUCCCCCAGCUCGCGGGAGGAGGACGACGAGGACCUGGACCCGCACGAAGCCGCCGCCAUCUUCCUGCACACCUAGUCGCAGGUACUUGUUUUGUACAGUUGAUUGGUAUGCGAGUUCCUCCAGAGAUGAUGCAAGCCGGUGACUAUUGUUAGUUGAGUUUGUUAGGUACCUGCCUUUGCUAAUUUGCAUGGGACGAAGGCCGAUGCUCUAGUUAAAGUUUUGUGGAAUUUUGCGGACGACGAGAUGAGGGACCAAAGUGUUUCGAGUUUUAAAUUAACUUGCUUUUGUCGGAUUUUUCUUUUUUUUUUCAAUAUCCUGUUCUCAUUCAUGUGUUAGUCGUCAUUCGUCAAGACUUGUUUACAACGCACGAUUUUUACGAAAUUCGAUACCUUCGACCCUUUGGGGUGACAAGCGCGCGAUCUGACUUUAUCGGUUUCAAGGUGGAAAGUGGAAACGAAUCGAAAAGACGGUUUUAAACUACAAUCAGACAGAUGUUCAAGAACUUGGACAAAAUUAUAGCAAAAGGACGGCUAUUUUAACUAAUUUUUUUCUCAUGGUAAAGCCAAAAAGCUACGACUUGGCGGUUAAUGCCAACAUGUUUUAAAUAAUUAAAGCAAAAAUUCAAAUAAACACAGAUUUGACGAAAAAAAAUUAAUAACCAAAAGUUUGAAGAAAAAGAGGCUAAGAUAUAAGAAAAAAAUGUCUAUUGCUGUAAGAAUUUUCUAAAGUUAGUUCAAUUUCAUUCAAACACGACUACAUUAUGUAUUUAAUUUAUACAUUUUAAUUAUUUAUUAUUUGAAGAAACAAUAAAAGAAGGAAUUAAAAUAAAGUUAAAAAAGAAAUAAUAAAACAUUAAACAAUAAAAAAAUAAUAAUAUCUGAAGCUCUUUGACUUGAUAAUUCCCAAAAACUAAAACGAAUUGAGAAGUUGUUUGCCGACUUAAAAUUCCGAUUAAAAAUUAGAUAAAAAUUGACAAAAAAAGGUUUGACAAAAAAAAUUGGGAAACUUUUGAAAAAAACGAAAACUCAAAACUAUUACUAGCCACGUAUUUG